GUUUUUGAAGGUUACACUGUAAAUAAUACAAUUUAGUUGGUAUUAUCCACAAGCCGCCUAUCUUGGUUCUGCGCAGCCGCCUUUUUCUGAAGUUGCCGCUGCAGUCCUUGUUUGAGGAUUAGGAGUGGGCACAAUGCCGGCCGGACCAGUGCAAAUAAUGGCGCCCCAGGCUCCAGACGGAGGCCAGCAAAUGGAGGAGGAGGAGAAGAAAGAAGAGGUAGUUUCACCCAAGCCCGUUGUUGGCAUUAUCUACCCUCCCCCAGAAGUCCGAAAUAUAGUGGACAAAACUGCAAGCUUUGUUGCAAGGAAUGGCCCAGAAUUUGAAGCUAGAAUCCGCCAGAAUGAAAUAAACAACCCAAAAUUUAAUUUUCUAAACCCCAAUGACCCAUACCAUGCCUAUUACCGGCACAAAGUCAACGAGUUUAAGGAAGGAAAAGCCCAAGAACCAUCUGCUGCUAUCCCCAAAGUAAUGCAGCAACAACAAUCUGUACAGCAACUUCCACAGAAGGUCCAGGCCCAGGUUGUCCAGGAGACAAUAGUACCAAAAGAACCACCUACAGAGUAUGAGUUUGUGGCUGAUCCACCCUCAAUUUCUGCAUUUGAUCUGGACGUGGUAAAGCUUACUGCACAAUUUGUUGCUCGAAAUGGUCGCCAGUUUCUUACACAGUUGAUGCAAAAAGAACAGAGAAAUUACCAGUUUGAUUUCCUGCGUCCCCAGCACAGUCUUUUCAACUACUUUACAAAGCUUGUGGAACAAUUUCCUCAGAUCCUGAUCCCACCAAAAGGAUUACUUACAAAGUUGAAGAAAGAAGCUGAAAACCCGACAGAUGUAUUGGAUCAGGUGCGUUAUCGUGUAGAGUGGGCAAAAUUUCAGGAAAGGGAGAAGAAAAAAGAGGAAGAAGAGAAAGAAAGAGAACGUGUUGCCUAUGCACAAAUAGACUGGCAUGACUUUGUGGUAGUGGAAACUGUAGACUUUCAACCAAACGAGCAAGGUAACUUCCCGCCCCCAACCACUCCAGAAGAGCUAGGGGCUCGAAUACUAAUUCAAGAGCGAUAUGAGAAAUUUGGUGAGAGUGAAGAGGUAGAGAUGGAAGUUGAAUCUGACGAAGAGGAGGAAGCCAAGGACAAAAAAGCAGGGGAAUCCUCCUCUCAGAUGGACCAAGAUACUCAAGUUCAAGAUAUGGAUGAGGGUUCUGAUGAUGAAGACUAUACAUCAAAGGCUCCUCUUCCUCCAGAGUCACCUAUGCCUCCACCACUGCCUCCUACUCCAGACCAGGUUAUUGUCAGAAAGGAUUAUGAUCCCAAGGCUUCCAAGCCUUUGCCCCCUGCUCCUGCUCCUGAUGAGUAUUUGGUGUCCCCCAUUACUGGAGAGAAAAUACCUGCUAGUAAGAUGCAGGAACACAUGCGCAUUGGACUGCUAGAUCCACGUUGGCUGGAGCAAAGAGACCGUGCUAUCCGUGAAAAGCAAGGAGAUGAUGAAGUAUAUGCUCCAGGGUUGGAUAUUGAGAGCAGCCUGAAGCAGUUGGCAGAACGUCGUACCGAUAUUUUUGGUGUGGAAGAAACUGCCAUUGGUAAAAAGAUUGGUGAGGAGGAAAUUCAGAAACCAGAGGAGAAGGUCACAUGGGAUGGGCAUUCUGGUAGCAUGGCACGUACUCAACAGGCAGCACAAGCAAAUAUCACACUUCAGGAACAAAUUGAGGCCAUCCACAAAGCCAAGGGCCUUGUACCGGAAGAAGAUGGAAAAGACAAGAUUGGCCCCAGCAAGCCUAAUGAAAUGCCACAGCUUCCACCUCCAUCCUCUACACCCACCAUUCCCACUCAUGCACCCCCUGUCAGCAGUGCACCAAGGCUUCCACCUGUGUCUCACCACCCGCAUAUCACUUCUCCAAUUUCUAGACCACCCACAAUGCCGCCUCCAAUACGCACUACAAUGAUGUCUGCUCUACCGGUCAUGCAAAGCCCUCCAAUGGGCUCAAUGGUGCGUCUGCCCCCAGGUUCUGUAUUAGCCGGCCCCAUGCCACCUAUUCUGCACACACCAAGAAUAAACGUUGUACCUAUGCCACCCAAUCCUCCUCCAAUGAUGGCACAGCGUGCACCCCACAUGAUUGUACCUGCUGCAUUUGUACCUGCACCACCUGUUGCCCCUGUGCCUGCCCCUGCUCCAAUGCCCCCAGCUCAUCCACCUCCACCACUGGACGAUGAGCCAGCUGCCAAAAAAAUGAAGAGUGAGGACUCGCUUAUUCCAGAGGAGGAGUUCCUACGCAGGAACAAGGGUCCUGUUACUGUCAAGGUUCAAGUCCCCAACAUGCAGGACAAAACAGAAUGGAAGCUGGGAGGACAAGUGCUGUCUUUCACACUGCCACUUUCAGAUCAGGUAUCUGUCAUGAAGGUUAAGAUUCAUGAGCACAGGCAUGCCACAGGCAUGCCAGCUGGCAAACAGAAACUUCAGUUUGAGGGAAUCUUUAUUAAGGAUUCCAACUCCUUAGCUUACUACAAUAUGACAAAUGGAGCCACCAUUCACUUAGCCCUGAAAGAAAGAGGAGGGAGGAAGAAGUAAACUUGUGAAGUGAAACAGCAGCAUACCAUAAUGCAGAACCAUGCAUAUACACAGCUAUUAUGCAAAUAACAUUUACAGUUCUGUUCUGCCGACAGCACAAAUUGGUUGGUGGUCUAUUUUUAGUGUCUGUGCAAAUGUAGAUCAGGCUGGGACACUGUUUUUGAAUCAUACGUGAUCCUUAAAUGGUAUUCUGUUCUUGAUGUAUUUUAUUUGGCUGUUGGAAGUAAAAAUAACUGUCUGGGGAAACUGGGCACACAAUCGAAUCUACGUUUGUAGCAUGCUAAUGCUCUCAGCGUUGCAAAAUAAAGUAUCUUUAAUAUACAUUUUGCCUUGUUAAAUGCCAAAAUAGUUGGUUUUAAGGGAGCUAAUUGGAAUAAUUGAUUGACAGCUGAUUAAAGGGACCAUAUUACCCCCAUGUUCAACAUGAGUGCAUAGGCUACUUUUUACUUAUUUUUUUAAAAAAAAUCGAUAAUGCUUGUUAUUUUGGUGCUAAACAGGGCAAUUAAAGAAAUUGAAUUGCUU